AUGGCUCAGUAUCAAGGACCACCACCUGGACACUAUGGUAACCACUCACCAGUCCAUCAAUACCCUCCCACCUACGUUCAACGACCACCGCCAAGUCACGAAUUUCAACCCCAAAUGCAGUCUUCAUAUAAUCAAACAGUUGAACCUCAAUAUAAUCUCCCGCUGGAAACUCCACGUCAACCACUAUUGAACCAACAAGCAUACGGCGAUCAGUACGGUCAACACUACGGUCAGGCUCCGCAAAGACAACAAAGAAGAUACAAGACUACUAAACAGAUUGAAUUGUUCCAGGGCAAUUUGGUUCUGGAUUGUCCCAUUCCAUCGAAAUUGUCACAGGCGAUUCCCAGGAAGGACGAAAGAGAAUUUACGCACAUGAGAUACACCUGCUGUACUAGUGACCCCGACAACUUUAAGAAGGAUAGGUAUACUUUGAGGCAGCAAUUAUACAGUCCCGCAAGGCAAACAGAAUUGUUUAUCGUAUUGACUAUGUACAACGAAGAUGAAAUUCUCUUUGCUCGCACAUUCCAUGGUGUCGUAAAAAACAUAGCCCAUCUCUGCACUCGCGAUCGUUCUCGCGUAUGGGGCAAGGAUGGCUGGAAAAAAGUCGUUGUCUGUGUUGUAUCCGACGAUGGAGUAGCCAAGAACUCUGUCAACGACCGCCAAGUUACGGCUCAUAUAUACGAGUAUACAACGCAAGUGUCAAUCGACCCUGACAUGAAAUUCAAAGGAGCAAACAAAGGAAUUAUGCCGGUCCAAGUCUUGUUCUGUUUAAAAGAAAAGAACGCAAAGAAGAUCAAUUCGCACAGAUGGUUCUUUAAUGCUUUUGGAAGAGUCUUGAAUCCAAAUGUUUGUGUGUUGUUGGAUGUUGGUACCAAACCGGGUGGAACAUCAAUCUAUCAUUUGUGGAAGGCUUUCGAUAUCAAUGCCAGCAUAGCCGGCGCUUGUGGCGAGAUCGUGGCUAUGAAGGGCACGGCCGGAGUCAAUCUAUUAAAUCCUUUAGUUGCUUGUCAAAACUUUGAAUAUAAAAUGUCUAAUAUUCUGGAUAAGCCUCUCGAAUCUGUAUUUGGAUAUAUUACAGUAUUGCCUGGUGCCUUUUCUGCUUACAGAUAUAUUGCACUGCAGAAUGAUCGUAAUGGCAAAGGCCCUCUUGCGUCGUAUUUUAUGGGCGAAAAGCAACAUGGAGCCGAUGCCGAUAUCUUCACUGCCAAUAUGUAUCUUGCUGAGGACCGUAUCCUGUGCUUUGAGUUGGUCGCUAAACGCGACUGUGCUUGGCUAUUGCAUUACGUCAAGUCCUCUCAUGCAGAAACCGACGUACCUGAUCAAGUACCAGAAUUGAUUUCUCAGAGAAGAAGAUGGUUGAACGGUUCAUUCUUUGCUGGUGUUUAUGCUAUUGCUCAUACUUUAAGUCUGUGGAGGAGUGAUCACAAUAUCUUGCGUAAAUUACUUCUCCAUGUUGAAAUGGCAUAUCAAACAUUCAAUUUGGCAUUUUCGUGGUUGGCGUUGGGUAAUUUCUACUUAACUUUCCAUAUUCUUGGUAACUCGCUAACUGACCCCCAGGUGGUCAAGGGGUUAUGGGAUCCGUCUUUUGGUAAUCUCGUCUUCCAGAUCUUGAGAUAUGUUUAUCUGACAUUGCUUAUCAUUUCAUUCAUCUUGUCAUUGGGUAACAGACCACAGGGUUCCAAGUGGUCCUAUACCUUUGCUAUGCUAUUCUAUGCCGGUCUCAUGGGUUACAUGCUAUUUGCUGCAGGAUGGCUCACUUUGAAAGGAGUGAAUGCUGCAUUGGAUGAGACGAACGGAAAACUUACUGGUGCUAAUCUCAGUACGAUAUCAGCCGUCUUCCAAAACGAAACAUUCCGCAACAUUGUUCUCUCAUUGGCAUCAACAUAUGGCUUGUACUUUAUAGCCAGUGCGUUGUUCUUUGAACCAUGGCACAUGUUCACUAGCUUCAUUCAGUACAUGUUCUUGGUUCCUUUCUAUGUCAACAUUCUCAAUGUCUAUGCAUUCUGUAAUACGCACGAUGUCAGUUGGGGUACAAAAGGUGACAACUCAUCCAAGAACGAUCUUGGUACAGUUACGGCCAGUGGCAAGGGCACAAUUGAAAUAGAAGUGCCUACUGAACAAAAGGACCUUAAUGCUUUGUAUGAUGAAGCAUUAACCGUGCUCAGACAGCCCCACGUUGAGGAGCAUCAAAAACGUGACGCCGCUACUAAACAAGAAGACUACUACAGAGCAUUCCGUACGCGUGUUGUAUUGGCUUGGAUUCUGUCCAAUGCUGCUUUGGUAGUAGGCAUAACAACUACGAAUGCAAAUCUUGAUUCAAUAGUGCCACAACAAAAGAGAAGUAAUCUCUACAUGGCGUUUGUACUAUGGUCAGUCUGCGGUCUGGCUGCAUUCCGGUUUGUUGGUAGCUGUAUAUACUUGAUAUUCCGUAUAUUUACCGGUAAUUAG